AGAUAAAUAAUAGCGCACAUGCCCUAGACAGCAAAUAUGUCCCUCAACUUUGGUGGCCACUCACAAUUUGUCUUUCAAUAAUUAUAAUGUCUAAAUCACCAUCUUCAUCUAUUUUCUUAGCCUUACAACUCCUGCAUUUCUAAUCCCAUCUCCUGCUAAUCUUCUCGUAACCUUUCAUGGAAGAUCGCCAACUCUCCCAGCCUUUUUUAUCAGUCUCCGUCGCCACAUCAGCCUCCGCCACAGCUACCACCACCUCAUCCACCUCGUCAUCAACUUUCAACAUCUUCCUCCGGCUACUAACCAUCACCUCAAUAGGAAUAAUCUCCUUAUGGGCAAAUCAUGAAGCUUCAAAAAGCUUCGACAUCACAAUAAUUAACCAUAUCGGAGACGAAACACCCGCCGGAAAACGCUUCAACCUUUUGUAUAUCUCCAACGAUAAAGCCAUCCGUAUAAUCCAAUCCGCAAGUUCCAUUGUUGAAAACAUUCUUUACCCUAAUUCAAACUUCCCCAAAAAGAAAGUCAGCCGCGUCACCCUCCGUCUGGUUAGCUCAAACCAGACUGAACCGGUCAAGAUUCUUACAAAAACCACAACUCUUGAUGAGUUCGAGAUUGACGUAAGUCCACCAUCGUCAACUUUAACGGAAAAUUUCAAGAAUUUUGAUUCUGAAUUUACAUGGAUGGUUUUUCAAGGUAUGGCACGAAUAUGGAUAUGGAGUAACAGUAAAUCUGUGGCUCCGUCGUGGGUUAUUGACGGUUUGGCUGAAUAUAUGGAGAAAUUUGCAGAACUGGGCCAUUUUUGUUUAGGGAGUAAUAAGGAUGAACCCAAGAAUGUUGCAGAAAUUUUUGACUAUUGUGAGAAGAUUCAAAAGGGAUUCAUACAACGGUUAAACCAAGGAUUGAAAGAUGGUUGGUGGCAUGAUUUUACAGUGGAAAAUGGAAUUGGAUUAACGCCGUCAAAGAAUAUUUGUGAUUCUUUUGGCAAUUCGGCUAAAGGAUUUUCAAGUUAAAAAGAUAAAAGUUAAAAUAAUAAUUAAAGUGAGUUUGGAGUUGAUACUUGAUAGUGAUUUUGCUUUUUAGCAUAUGAUGCACAUAGCUUUGAGCAAUGUGGCCGAGCAACAUUCAAUUAUUCAUACUAGAAAAUUAAACUUUCGUAUGCCAUGUAUUGUGGUGAGCUUUUUCAAGUAAAAUUUAUAUUUCUAUC